AUGGCGUCGACUUUCUGCACGCAUGGAGUUUGUUCGCAGGUUCGGGCUAUUGGCUGUUUCACGGUCGCCGAAGAGACCGCGGAGGAUCUCUCCGCAUCACCAUCACCAUCCCCCGGUUCUAGCAUCGUGCUCCGCGACUACCAGGAGGAAUGUAUUCAAUCGGUCCUCAAGUACCUCGACGAAGGCGAGCGACGCCUUGGAGUGUCCCUAGCUACGGGAGCUGGGAAGACAGUAAUCUUCACUCAGCUCAUCGAUCGAAUCCCGCCGCGCGAUGCGAAAGCCACAAAGACCAUGAUCAUUGUUCAUCGCCGAGAACUUGUCGAACAAGCAGCGAAGCACUGUCGGCUUGCUUACCCCGAUAAAACCGUGGAGAUAGAAAUGUCAAGUAGCGUCGCGACUGGACAUGCGGAUAUAAUCAUCGCUUCGGUCCAAACCCUUGCCCGGGGGCGCAUCAACAAUUUCGACCCAAGCAUCUUCAAGCUAAUUCUUGUUGAUGAAGCGCAUCACAUUGUGGCUGCAUCAUAUCGCAAAGUGCUGGAACAUUUCGGUUUGAAUGAGCCAUCCGCAAAGGCGCCGGUACUCGUGGGAGUCUCCGCAACAUUCUCACGAUUUGACGGGCUCAAACUGGGUGCUGCAAUUGAUCAUAUUGUGUACCACAAGGAUUAUGUCGAUAUGAUUGGCGACAAGUGGCUGGCAGAUGCAGUCUUUACUACUGUCAAAUCCGAGGCGAAUUUGUCAAACGUCAGGAAGGACCAGUUCGGUGACUUUGCGACUGGAUCAUUGUCAAAAGCCGUUAAUACCGUCAAUACGAACAAUAUCACUGUUCGUGCAUGGAUGGCUAAUGCACAAGGCCGAAAAUCUACGCUCGUGUUUUGCGUGGAUGUGGCGCACGCUAAGGAGCUCACGGCGAUGUUCCGUGAAAACGGUGUCGAUGCGAGGUAUAUAACUGCCACUACACAUAAGAAGACUCGCGCAGAGCAACUUGAUGCUUUUAGGAAGCAAGAGUUUCCAGUUCUUCUGAACUGUGGUCUAUUCACAGAAGGCACUGAUAUCCCAAAUAUCGAUUGCGUGCUCCUGGCAAGGCCGACCCGGUCCAAAAAUCUGCUUAUUCAAAUGAUCGGGAGAGGGCUUCGUCUAUUCCCUGGCAAAAAAGACUGUCACAUUAUCGACAUGGUUGCUUCUCUUGCAACAGGCGUCUUAACAACACCUACAUUGUUCGGUCUUCACCCAGACGAAGUGUUGGACAAGUCUACCGUGACGGAAUUAAGAGAACCCCGCGAGCAACCCACCCUCGAUGUUCCUUUAGUGGAACCAGAAGAACACGCGUCUUCUGGAGACGUGAAACUACAGUUCACAAAAUACGACAGCGUCUACGACCUACUAGAAGACAUGCAAUCAGAGCGCCACAUCCGAUCCCUUAGCAGGAAUUCCUGGGUGCGUGUCGACAACGAAAAAUACAUCCUCUCCGAAUCCUCCGGUUGGUUAACCCUCGACAAAGAAAAAGACAUCUACAAUGUCCGCCACGUCAUGAAAUUCGCAGACCCGGUAUCCGAGCAAGCGAAAUUCACACGCCCACGCCUCGUCGCCACCGGAGCCGAUCUCGAGACUGCUGUCCGCGCGGCAGAUACUUAUGCGAGUGACAAAUUUCAAGAACAAUUCAUCGCGUCCUGGAAGCCAUGGCGACAGAGCCCGGCCACGGCGGGACAGAUCAAAAUAUUGAAUCAAGCUAAUAUUCGAAAUGGCACGAUUCGAGCUGGGGAUCUGACUCGCGGCCAAGCGACUGAUAUGAUUACGAAACUGAAGUUUGGGGGAAAAAAGCGGUUUAAACGACAUGAGGUGAAGAUGCGGAAGGUGCAGCGUGAGACUGAUACUGCGAAUAAGUUUAGUGAUAUGCAGAAGAGGACUGAGGUUAAGGUUGGGCCUUUGGAGGGCUAA